CGCGGGGGCGGAGGCGGCUGCCAGGGCACCGGGGUGGCCCGCGCUGGUGGCACCGCGCUCACCUUCGUCGCCAAGGCGCCUCGACCCCAUGGACGCCCUGUGCGGCUCCGGGGAGCUAAGCUCCAAGUUCUGGGAUUCCAACCUGUCUGUGCACACGGACAACCCGGACCUCACUCCCUGCUUCCAGAACUCCCUGCUGGCCUGGAUCCCCUGCAUCUACCUGUGGCUUGCUCUGCCCUGCUACCUGUUCUACCUGCGGCAGCACCAUCACGGCUACAUCAUCCUCUCCCACCUGUCCAGGCUCAAGACGGUCCUGGGCGUCCUGCUGUGGUGUGUCUCCUGGGCGGAGCUUUUUUACUCUUUCCAUGGCCUGAUCCACGGCUGGGCGCCUGCCCCCAUCUUCUUUGUCACCCCCCUGGUGGUGGGGAUCACCAUGCUGCUGGCCACCCUGCUGAUCCAGUAUGAGCGGCUGCAGGGGGUGCAGUCCUCGGGGGUCCUCAUCAUCUUCUGGUUCCUGUGUGUGGUCUGCGCCAUCGUCCCCUUCCGCUCCAAGAUCCUUUUAGCCAAGGCAGAGGGCAGGAUCUCAGACCCCUUUCGCUUCACCACCUUCUACAUCUAUUUUGCCCUGGUGUUGUCUGCGCUCAUCCUGUCCUGCUUCAGGGAGAAACCACCGCUCUUCUCCCAAAAGAAUGUGGAACCUAACCCCUGUCCAGAGGCCAGUGCUGGCUUUCUCUCCCGCCUGUCUUUCUGGUGGUUCACAAAGAUGGCCAUCCUCGGCUACCGGCGUCCCCUGGAGGAGCAGGACCUCUGGUCCCUCAAUGAGGAGGACAAAUCCUACAAGGUGGUGCAGCGGCUGCUGGAGGCGUGGAAGAAGCAGGAAAAGCAGGAGCCACGAUGCAAGUCUGCAGCGGCAUCUGGGAAGACCGUCUCAGGCGAAGACGAGGCGCUGCUGCGGGCCCGGCCCAGGCCCGGGGGACCCUCGUUCCUGCGGGCCAUGCUGGUCACCUUUGGCCCCAGCUUCCUCGUCGGUGCCUGCUUCAAGCUCAUCCAGGACCUGCUGUCCUUCGUCAACCCGCAGCUGCUCAGCGUCCUGAUCAGGUUUAUUUCCAACCCCUCGGCCCCCACCUGGUGGGGCUUCCUGGUGGCCGGGCUGAUGUUCGUGUGCUCCAUGAUGCAGACACUGAUCGUAAAUCAGUAUCACCAGUGCAUCUUCGUGCUGGGGUUGAGGUUCCGUACGGCGAUCAUAGGUGUCAUCUACAGGAAGGCUCUGGUGAUCACCAGUUCGGUCAAACGUGCAUCUACCGUGGGGGAAAUUGUCAACCUCAUGUCAGUGGACGCCCAGCGCUUCAUGGACCUCGCCCCCUUCCUCAACCUGGUGUGGUCGGCACCCCUGCAGAUCAUCCUGGCAAUCUACUUCCUCUGGCAGAACCUGGGUCCCUCUGCCCUGGCUGGAGUUGCUGUCAUGGUCUUGGUGAUCCCACUCAAUGGAGCUGUGGCCGUGAAGAUGCGUGCUAUCCAGGUGCAGCAAAUGAAGCUCAAGGACUCACGCAUCAAGCUGAUGAGCGAGAUCCUAGCUGGCAUCAAGGUGCUGAAGCUGUACGCCUGGGAGCCCAGCUUCUCGGAGCAGGUGGAGGGCAUCAGGAAGGGCGAGCUCCAGCUGCUGCGCAAGGCGGCCUACCUCCACGCCCUCUCCACCUUCUUCUGGACCUGCACCCCGUUCCUGGUGACCCUGAUCACGCUCGGGGUGUACGUGUGCGUGGACCAGAACAACGUGCUGGACGCCGAGAAGGCCUUUGUGUCCGUGUCCUUGUUCAAUAUCUUAAAGUUUCCCCUCCAACUGCUGCCCCAGUUAAUCAGCAGCCUGACUCAGACCAGUGUGUCUCUGAAACGGAUCCAGCAUUUCCUGAGCCAAGAUGAACUUGACCUCCAGUGUGUGGAAAGAAAGACCAUCUCUCCAGGCUAUGCCAUCACCAUGCACUGUGGCACCUUCACCUGGGCUCAGGACCUGCCCCCCAUCCUGCUCAGGCUAAACAUCCAGGUCCCAAAAGGGGCGCUGGUGGCUGUGGUGGGGCCUGUGGGCUGUGGGAAGUCCUCCCUGGUGUCUGCCCUGCUGGGAGAGAUGGAGAAGCUAGAAGGCACAGUGCACAUGAAGGGCUCCGUGGCCUACGUGCCCCAGCAGGCAUGGAUCCAGAACUGCACUCUUCAGGAAAACGUGCUGUUUGGCCAAGCACUGGACCCCAAGCGCUACCAGCGGGCGCUGGAGGCCUGUGCCUUGCUCGCUGACCUGGAGAUGCUGCCUGGUGGGGACCAGACGGAGAUUGGAGAGAAGGGCAUUAACUUGUCUGGGGGCCAGCGGCAGCGGGUCAGUCUGGCUCGAGCUGUCUAUAGUGGCGCUGACAUUGUUCUGCUGGAUGACCCACUGUCAGCGGUGGACUCCCAUGUGGCCAAGCAUAUCUUCGACCAAGUCAUCGGGCCAGAAGGUGUGCUGGCAGGCAAGACUCGGGUGCUGGUGACACACGGCAUCAGCUUCCUGCCCCAGACAGACUUCAUCGUAGUGCUCGCUGACGGACAGGUGUCUGAGAUGGGCCCCUACUCAGCCCUGCUGCAGCGCAACGGCGACUUCGCUAACUUCCUCCGCAACUAUGCACCUGAUGAGGGCCAGGAACACCUGGAGGGCAGCAGGACCGCCUUGGAAGGCGCAGAGGCUGAGGAGGUGCUGCUGAUCGAAGACACGCUCAGCAACCACACAGACCUGAUGGACAAUGAGCCAGCCGCGUACGAGGUCCAGAAGCAGUUUAUGAGACAGCUGAGUGCCAUGUCCUCCGACGGAGAGGACCAGGGUCAGGCUGUGCCCCGGAGAUGCCGCAUUCCAUCACAGAAGGUGCAGGAGACAGACACAAAGGCUAACGGGGUGCUGAUCCAGGAGGAGAAAGUGGAGACCGGCACCGUGAAGCUGAGUGUGUUCUGGGAUUAUGCCAAGGCAGUGGGGCUCUGGACCUCGCUGGCCAUCCUUCUCCUCCAUGUGGGUCAAAGUGGGGCCGCCAUUGGGGCCAGCGUGUGGCUUAGUGCCUGGGCCAACGAUGCCAUGGUGGACAGCAGACAGAACAACACUUCCCUGAGGCUGGGCGUCUAUGCAGGCUUGGGAAUUCUGCAAGGGCUCCUGGUGAUGCUGUCGGCCCUGACCAUGGCUAUGGGCGGCAUGCAGGCUGCCGGCUUGCUGCACCAGGCGCUGCUGCACAACAAGAUGCGCUCGCCACAGUCCUUCUUCGACACGACGCCCUCCGGCCGCAUCCUCAACCGCUUCUCUAAGGACAUCUUUGUCAUCGAUGAGGUUCUGGCCCCCGCCACCCUCAUGCUACUGGGUUCCUUCUUCAACUCCAUCUGCACUAUCGUGGUCAUCGUGUCCAGCACGCCGCUCUUCCUUGUGGUCAUCCUGCCUCUAGGGGCGCUCUACAUCUACGUGCAGCGCUUCUAUGUGGCCACAUCGCGGCAACUGAAGCGGCUGGAAUCGGUCAGCCGCUCGCCCGUCUACUCCCACUUUUCGGAGACAAUGACGGGCACCAGCGUCAUCCGGGCCUACAACCGUGGCCAGGACUUUGAGGUCAUGAGUGAUACUAAGGUGGACAUCAACCAGAGGAGCUGCUACCCCUACAUCGUCUCCAACCGGUGGCUGAGCAUCCGAGUGGAGUUUGUGGGGAGCUGUGCUGUGCUCUUUGCUGCACUAUUUGCCGUGAUUGGGAGAAGCAGCCUGAAUCCAGGGCUGGUGGGCCUUUCUGUGUCCUAUGCCCUGCAGGUGACAUUUGCUCUGAACUGGAUGAUCCGCAUGAUGUCAGAUUUGGAGUCUAAUAUCGUGGCGGUGGAGAGAGUGAAGGAGUACUCCAAGACAGAGACAGAGGCCCCCUGGGUGGUGGAGGGCAGGCGCCCUCCCGAGGGCUGGCCCCAGCGUGGGGAGGUGGAGUUCCGGAACUACUCCGUGCGCUACCGGCCCGGCCUGGACCUGGUGCUGAGAAACCUGAGCCUGCUCGUGCGCGGUGGCGAGAAGGUGGGGAUCGUGGGCCGCACUGGGGCCGGCAAAUCGUCCAUGACCCUGAGCCUCUUCCGCAUCCUGGAGGCAGCAGAGGGUGAAAUCCUCAUCGACGGCCUCAACGUGGCAGACAUCGGCCUCCAUGACCUGCGUUCUCAGCUGACCAUCAUCCCCCAGGACCCCAUCCUGUUUUCGGGGACCCUGCGCAUGAACCUGGACCCCUUUGGCAGUUACUCGGAUGAGGACAUUUGGCAGGCCUUGGAACUGUCCCACCUGCACGCGUUCGUGAGCUCCCAGCCUGCAGGCCUGGACUUCCAGUGCUCUGAGGGCGGGGAGAACCUCAGUGUGGGCCAGAGGCAGCUCGUGUGCCUGGCCCGAGCCCUGCUCCGCAAGAGCCGCGUCCUGGUUUUAGAUGAGGCCACGGCCGCCAUUGACCUGGAGACUGAUGACCUCAUCCAGGCUACCAUCCGCACCCAGUUUGAUACCUGCACCGUCCUGACCAUUGCACACCGGCUUAACACUAUCAUGGACUACACCAGGGUCCUGGUCCUGGACAAAGGGGCAGUAGCUGAAUUUGAUUCUCCAACCAACCUUAUUGCAGCUAGAGGCAUCUUCUACGGGAUGGCCAAAGAUGCUGGACUUGCCUAAAAAAAAUAUAUUCCUGGGGUUUCCUCCUGGCCUUUCCUAGCUUCAUCAGGAAGGGAAAUGACACCAAAUGUGUCCACAGAAUGGACUGAUGGCAAACAGUGGGGGCACUGGUUAGAUUUUGCACCUGUACAGUGCCUCACAGAAUAACCUCAUCUCAAAUGGUUGACACGAGGAAGUGAGGCCCAGAGAUGAAUGACAUGCCUGAGGUCGCAGCUAGUUUGGGACAGAGCCCAGACUAGUCCCUGCCCAGCUGACUCCCAGUCCAGUGGUAUUUCCAUAUUGCACUGUUUUCAAACAAUCGUUUCAUGAAAUGACCUCCCUCUGAUUUUUCAUAUUUUCUGAAGUAUUUUUUUUUUUUUUUAAAUAAAAAGCUUUUUCUUCCUGGAACAGUCUGCUGGGUCAGGCCAUCCCUAGGAACUGAGUCCUGUACUCUGGGGUGCUGCCUGAAUCCAUUAAAAAUGGAGUACUGAUGAAAUAAAACCAUGUAGUCAACAAUA